AUGUCUGCUUUCAGAUUCUGGUCGGGACUGCUGAUGUUGCUGGGCUUCCUCUGCCCUACGAGUUCACCAUGUGGCAUUUCGACACACAUAGAAAUAGGGCACAGAGCUCUGGAGUUUCUCCACCUUCAGGAUGGGAGUAUUAAUUACAAAGAGUUGUUCCUUAGGCACCGGGAUGCAUAUCAGGCUGGAUCCGUGUUUCCUGACUCAUUUUACCCUAGCAUCUGCGAGAGAGGACAAUUCCAUGAUGUGUCAGAGAGCACUCACUGGACUCCAUUUCUUAAUGCAAGCAUUCAUUAUAUCCGGAAGAACCAUCCUCUUCCCUGGGAUGAGGACACAGAGAAAUUGAUAGCUUUCUUGUUUGGAAUUACAUCUCACAUGGUGGCUGAUGUCAACUGGCAUAGCCUGGGUAUUGAACAAGGAUUCCUCAGGACGAUGGCUGCUAUUGAUUUUCACAAUUCCUAUUCCGAGGCACAUCCGGCUGGUGAUUUCGGAGGAGACGUGUUGAGCCAGUUCGAGUUUAAAUUUAAUUACCUCUCACGGCACUGGUAUGUGCCUGUUGAAGAUCUCCUGGGAAUUUAUCAAGAACUCUACGGCCGAGCAGUCAUCACCAAAAAAGCCAUUGUUGACUGUACAUACCUUCAGUUCUUGGAAAUGUAUGCAGAGAUGUUAGCUAUUUCCAAGCUUUAUCCCACUUAUUCUGGAAAAUCCCCAUUUUUGGUGGAACAAUUUCAAGAAUACUUCCUAGGAGGGCUGGAUGAUAUGGCGUUUUGGUCCACUAAUAUUUACCGUCUGACAAGUUACAUGUUAAAGAACGGGACCAGUAACUGCGACCUCCCUGAGAACCCUCUGUUCAUCACAUGUGGCGGUCAACAAAACCACACCCAGGGCUCAAAAGUACAGAAGAAUGGUUUUCAUAAAAAUGUGACUGCAGCCCUAACUAAAAAUAUUGGAAAGCAUAUAAACUAUACCAAAAGAGGAGUGUUCUUUAGUGUGGAUUCCUGGACCAUGGAUUCCUUAUCCUUCAUGUACAAGUCUUUGGAGAAGAGCAUACGUGAGAUGUUUAUUGGCAGCUCUCAGCCACUGACACAUGUUUCUAGCCCCUCGGCAUCUUACUACUUGUCAUUUCCCUACACAAGGCUUGGUUGGGCGAUGAUUUCGGCCGAUCUCAACCAGGAUGGAUACGGUGACCUGGUGGUGGGCGCCCCUGGCUACAGCCACCCAGGCCACACUCACGUGGGCCGUGUGUACCUCAUCUAUGGCAAUGACCUGGGCCUGCCCCCCGUCGACUUGGACCUGGACACGGAGGCCCACGGCAUCCUGGAGGGUUUCCAGCCCUCAGGUCGGUUUGGCUCGGCUGUGGCCGUGCUGGACUUCAACGUAGACGGCAUGCCUGACCUGGCGGUGGGAGCCCCCUCGGUGGGCUCCGAGAAGCUCACAUACACAGGUGCAGUGUACAUCUACUUUGGUUCCAAACAAGGGCAACUGUCUGCUUCCCCCAACAUCACCAUCUCUUGCCAGGAUACCUACUGUAACUUGGGCUGGACCCUCCUGGCAGCGGAUAUGAACGGAGACAGUGAACCGGACCUGGUGAUUGGCUCCCCUUUUGCUCCAGGUGGAGGGAAACAGAAGGGAAUUGUGGCUGCAUUUUACUCUGGCUCCAGUUACAGUGACAGAGAGAAGCUGAACGUGGAGGCUGCCAACUGGCUGGUGAGGGGAGAGGAGGACUUUGCUUGGCUGGGGUACUCCCUUCACGGUGUCGGUGUCAACAAUAGGACUUUGCUCCUGGCUGGAAGCCCGACCUGGAAGAACACCAGUAGUCAGGGCCACUUGUUCCGCACUCGUGAAGAGAAACAGAGCCCUGGACGGGUGCAUGGCUAUUUCCCGCCGAACUGUCAAAGCUGGCUUAGCAUUUCCGGAGACAAGGCGAUGGGGAAACUGGGUACCUCCCUGUCUAGUGGCCACGUGAUGGUGAACGGGACCCGGACCCAAGUGCUGCUGGUGGGGGCCCCGACGCAAGAUGUCGUGUCUAAGGUAUCAUUCCUGACCAUGACCCUGCACCAAGGUGGGAGCACUCGGAUGUAUGAACUGACCCCUGACUCGCAGCCUUCUCUGCUCAGCACCUUCAGUGGAAACCGCCGCUUCUCCCGAUUUGGUGGCGUUCUGCACUUGAGUGACUUGGAUGAUGAUGGCUUAGAUGAAAUCAUCAUAGCAGCCCCACUGAGGAUCACAGAUGCAACUGCGGGACUGAUGGGGGGAGAGGAUGGCCGUGUUUAUGUGUAUAAUGGCAAACAGAUCACCGUGGGUGACAUGACAGGCAAAUGCAAAUCAUGGGUGACUCCAUGUCCAGAAGAAAAGGCCCAAUAUGUACUAAUUUCUCCUGAAGCAGGCUCAAGGUUUGGGAGCUCUGUGAUCACUGUGAGGUCAAAGAAAAAGAAUCAACUUGUCAUUGCUGCUGGAAGGAGUUCUCUGGGAGCCCGACUCUCUGGGGUGCUUCAUAUCUAUAGCCUCGGCCAAGAUUAA